UCUAGGGGUGUUCCUCAACGCCCUCUCAACACCUUAACACCUUUCGCAACGCUGCGAGUACACAUUUCGUCCGUCUACAAUCGAGUAAUCGCACAUACUACACGUGCAUACAUACUUAUAUACAUACAUACAUAAAGACAUUUGUACAAUAUUUGCCAAUUAGGCACUUACUUCAAAUCGUUGAAUUUAGUGCGAUUUCGGCACUCGCGCCCUACGUAUCUUCACACGCGCUCAGUGAAACGCGUCAAUGUGAAAAGAAAAGAAAAAAAAACCAAAAACCGUUUAACGUUCAUUUUUUCGUCCGUGUUUAGCGGUCGAUGGCUAAAGUUAGUCGCUAAGUUGUUCGCUUUGACGUUUUUACAAUGUUUUGACGAUUAACGUCAAUUUAUAUGCUGAAAGCCUACUAAUAAAAGAAUUUGGUGCUGAUAAAAAAUGUUGAUUUUUUCCAUGGGAAAAAUUGUGAUCCGCACUUUGCUGCCGUUCGUGAUUGAUUUGUGAUAUUUUUCUUGUGAUUGUGACUGUGAAAUUAUUCCUUUCGUGUGCUCCGAGCCGCCUGAUAAGGUUGAUUUACUAUAUGAGCACAGAUGCAAUAUAAUGAUUGUGAUCUUAAUUGCGAUUUUUGCAUUGACAAUGAGCAUGACUUGUGCAACCAUAAUUCCACUUUACAAUUGGACGCUUAAGAGCUUAUGAGCUUUGAUUUAAUGUGCGAUUUGUUGAGGUUCUCCCGAUAGCGGAGCCAGAGAGAAAAAAGCAACGGUCAGGACUAGCACUGAUCAUAUGCGAGGAAUACGGAUUUUAAGGCAAAGAAUGUUACCCCAGUUAACGCUCAAUGCCAAGAAUACUAUUUUACUUAUGGUAAUGUUUGCCUUUGUAGUUCCAGCUUAUACAAAAACAAAAGACUAUGUCCUAAUGCUAACGACCCACAACGACCGAGCGCUACAUAUAAAUGACGUCGGCAAGGUGACUGCAGCUAACAUAGCAUUUGCACAGCCUAUAAGCAUGGAUAUUGUUGGUGAUCCAUUCAAUGGCGAUCCAUUUUUUAUAACGCUUUAUGCCAAGCAAGUUGGGCGUUAUUUAUGCUUUCGACGUGGCAGACUAGAGGGAUUGAAACAGCUCACCCGCGAUUGCCAUUUCAGUGAGACCAUCGAGCAUGGCCACUACAUGUACGCGAAUGCCUACAACUCAACGUUAAGGGUGGGCUUUACAAAGCGCUUUAAGCCUAUCGGACCGAAGCGUCUGAGGCAUGGCCACAGCUUCAGCAAGGAUCAUUUCCUUUUUGAGCGCCGCCGUUUAGAGGAUAUUAUCAUAAGUAAAAUCACCGCGCCGCGCAUAGUGAAGCCAAAAACCACAGUCUCCACCACUACCACAACCACAACCACAACAACAACAACCACCACUACCACCACUACACAUACACCCAAAGUCACGCGCAUCCAACGUUUUCGAAAUAAUGCACAUAAAAACACCAACAGCAAUGACAAUAGACAGGAGACCCCACAACAACAACCACAAAACACAACACAGCAACAACAAGAACUGCAUACAGAAGCUGCAAAGAGUAUUACUAAUAAUAAUAAUAGCAAUAGCAAUAGCAAUAACGGUAAAAACAACAAUAAUAAACAUAAUGAUAGCCAUAGUCAGAGCCAGCAUAAUAACAAUAGAGUUAACAACAACCACAGCAACAACAACAAAGUUAAUAAGCAACAACAGUCCAUCACGGGCAGUUUGCUGGAGGAGCGCCUUCGCGAAAUGACGCCACGCGCCGAGCAGCAUCCCUUGCGUCACGACCGCAAUAGUAUUGAGCGCAAGCAGCAGCAACGUCGACGCCAACACAACCGCCGCAGGCAGCAGUUAAAGCGCCAGCAACAGCAACAUCUAUCAUCGACGAAAAAUGUGAUGCGUCAUCAUCACAACAACAGCACAAAAAUGGCACGCCGACGUCAACACGAACGCGAGCAACUACUCCGUAAGCAAAGUCGUCAACGGCAGGUCAUGUUGGCGCGACAUGAGCGCGAACAGCUGCGACAGCAAGAUUUCACGUCGACACGCGGUCCCGACGCGGCAGCCAGUUCAUCGGCAACAGCAACAGCGGCGUCAGCGCUCACCGCGACAGCGGUUUCUUUGGUGCCAACAACGCUAAUUGAUCUAAUGGCUAUGCUGGCGGCGACGCGACGUAAGCGCGGGCGGCGGAAAAAGCAACAAGUGGCAGAGACUGAGGCGGAAAACGAGAACGCAAGCGCGGGCGCGGGUACCAGCGACACAACUAAUAGCGGUAACGGUAGUGGUGGUGAUGGCGCGCAAGCUGAUAUGCAAAUUGCGGUGGCACAUGCAACGCCAAGUGAUGCAGCGAGUACUGAUGUAAAGCGACAAAAAAAGACGCGGCCGGUGCUGGAGCGGUCAGUCGAGCGCGCACAACGACGCGCUGCUCUAACUGCUGCUAUGCAGGGCGACUUUGCUCUACCAGUGCAUAGACAUCGGCAUCAGUAUCCGCUACAACAACAACAGCAGAAACAACUACAACCAGAGCGGCGAUCGCAGGCCGUUGUGGAACCAGUGAGCGCAGCGCCGCAAAAUGUUGCUGAGCAACAAACAGACGAAUACUCAAAUAGUUAUGUUAAUAGUAAUUUUAAUCGUAAUUAUAAAACCAUAAAUACCAAUACUAAUAAUGCUAAUGCUAAUUUUAAUGAUAACGGUAAUGUUAAUGAUAAUAUUAAUGCAAUACCUGCCUUGCCAAAAAACUACUUAUACGAACUAAACUCGCAUCAGCGCGCCGUUGAUUAUGAUGUUCAUAGUCACAUAGAUGACGAAGAUGAUGAUGAUAAUGAUAAUAAUUAUAGCAAUAACAGUAAAAAAAACUACAGAGAAAGCAACAAUAACAAUAGCCGUAGAAAAAGUAGUAAUAGUAUGAAUAGUAGUAGGAAAAGUCAAAAAAGUAGUGAUAACAUUAACCCUAGUAUGACUGAUUAUAGUAGUAGUAGUAGUAGUAACGGUAAUUUUAAGUUUAGUCAACAACAGCAACAACCACAACAACAGCAACAGCGAACACUUAAACACAAUAGACGUAGAUAUCGACGACGACGAGCCGUUGCUGCCAACGAAGCCACAAACGAACCAGAAAUGACGGCUUCAUCGGCAACGGCUCAUGACGAAAACGACGAGGUGCUGCAACAUAAGCAUGUUGCUGCCGACAUUUUUGAUAAGCAUGUUGCUCUGCAACAGCAAGAGCUUGAUCAACGCGUGCGGCAGCCCGAAGGCAUUUUGGCCAUAAACGAAGUUAAAGAAAUCGCCGCGGAAGUGAAAACAGCCUCCGCAGCGAGUUUCGAAAGCCAAACAAAAUUCGAGAUAACGAAUACGAAUACGAACGCGAAUGCGUAUAAAAAUACAUUAAAUCCAAAAACGAAUAUGAAAAAUGCGAAUAUCAAUACGAAUACAGAUAAAAUUAGCAACAACAAAGAAAAUAUUGCUAAAACUAGUGUUAAUAGUAAAAAUAAUGUUAAACUACAUGCAGAUAACGGUGACUUCUACACAAGCACCGCUACUACCCGCAUAAGUGAUGUUAUUGCCAAUGAAGUUGAGGUUGCUGCUGUUGCUGUUGCUGGCACCGACGAGCGUUCGGCUCGUUCGGCAGCCGACGAAGUACAUGACAAUAAUGUGCAGCGUAAUUUUUUUUUUGAUCGACGCUUGCCGUUUUUUCGUCAACAUAGCAUCAAUAACAACAACAAUAACAAUAAUAAUAAUCAUAUUAUGCAUAUUGUUAACAAUAAUAUUAAUAUGGAUGUCGUAGCAAAUGAAAAUGAAAAUGAAAAUGAAAAUAUAAAAGAUGAAGCUAAUCAAAUUAGUAUGAAUGAAAUUGCUAAUGCUUAUCAAGCGCCACAAAAACAACAACAGCGACAACAACAACAACAACAAAAUCUAAUUAAUAACAAUAAUAAAAAUAAUGCGGAAAAUGUUGUUGUUGCUGUUGCCGGUGUUGGAACAGGUGUUAUUGUUGCCGGUAAUUUCGCUUUGGCUGCUGCACGCUUAGCAAACGCAAACAAUUACGAUAAUCAUAAUGUUAUUGAUGCUAUAUACAACAACAACAACCAUAACUACAAUAUAAAUAAUUAUAAUAAUAUUAAUAAUAAUAAUAUUUACAACAACAAUGCUAAUCAUAUUAUGUAUGUCAAUGCAAAUUAUAACGGUAAUAUAAAUAUAUAUAGAAAUGGAAAUAUAAAUAAUAUUUAUGAGCAUUUGUUAGCCGCUUAUCAUAAGCGUUUAUUUCAUAGCUUAAAUUAUGCUAAUACUAAUCACAAUGUGAAUAAUAAUAAUAAUAAUUAUAAUAACGAUGAUGAUGACCAAGGCGUUGCUAACACGGUUAAUGAUGAUGAUGAUGAUGAUGAUGAUAAUGAUGAAUGGAAAAGAAAUCAUAAUAAAUAUGAUAUGACUAUAGUACAAUACAGUUAUGCAGUUGUCUUUUAUUAA